CAGAAGUGACCAGCACCAGGUCUCCCAGGACGUGAUGGUCAACACUGAGACGAAUCAGUUGGAGAAUUAAGCAACACAUGUAUUGAUUGAUACGAAGGAACCGAAGUUCUCGAUGACAACUGACAGUAGACGUUUCUCAUGAUUAGUGCCAGGAGUGGUAACAGUGCCAGGAGUGGUAACAGUGCCAGGAGUGGUAACAGUGCCAGGAAUGGUAACAGUGCCAGGAGUGGUAACAGUGCUAGGAGUGGAAACAGUGCCAGGAGUGGUAACAGUGCCAGGAAUGGUAACAGUGCCAUAAGCAAAUGUGUCAUCAACACAUUACAAUUGUAUCGUCAGCAGCAGGCAAAACAUCAACUAUAGUUUCAGUAGUAACUACAACACUGUGACUACAGUAGCAGUAGUAGCAGCAGUAGUAGCAGUAGUAGCAGCAGUAGUAGCAGCAGCAACAGUAGCAGCAGCAGCAGAAGCAGCAGCAGCAAAAAUAGUUAGAACGGUUGUUCUGAUAACCUGAGUAAAAACAUCUGUGAGGACGAUAAGAACAAGUGACAGUAUCAGCUUGAGUUACUAAAUAAACUAAUAAAUUAUACAGUGAAGUAUCAGCUACAACAAUCAAAUCAUUAACAGCAACAGUGCCACUGCUGCUUUUAACAGUGAUAGUUCCAAUAACCCCAGCAACAGUGACAGCCCCAACACUCCCAGCAACAGUGACAACCCGAACGCCCCACGGAAAGUGACAGCCUGAAAACCCCCCUAGCAACAGGGACAACCUCAACCCCCUCUAUCAACAGUGUCAUCUUCAACAGUCCCAGCAACAGUGACAGCCUAAACAGCCUUAUCAACAGUGACAGCCUCAACAGCCUUAGCAACAGUGACAGCCUCAACAGCCUUAGCAACAGUGACAGCCUCAACAGCCUUAGCAACAGUGACAGCCUCAAUAGUGAAAAUUUUAGCAGAAUGAACUUCCAGAUGACAGAUUUAUUCUCCUCUAUUUCAACUAUCUUCGCUGAAGCUGACCAGGAGAUAGAUGAGUGGAAAGCAAGCAAUAAGGACCUACAACGAGACAUAGAGGAGUUACAGCAGCUUGUACGAUCAUUAACUAAGAAUGCCAAUGACAUCCACUAUGAGUGUACCAAACCCCGUGAAGCAGCCAUGACCAUCGACCCUUCUGUCAAACUACGCGUAGGCAACACCAAGGCAAAGGUGAGCCUAUGGGAAGGUCAGGAAGCUCAAAGUGAGUCUAGCAGAACAUCUGGAGACCAGAAAGUGAGUUGGGGUCUCAGUCUACCAUCAGACAGCAUCACCGUCAACAAGAGAAAGCGAAAACAUGAAAAGUAGAAGAUAGAGAAGAAUAAAAUAUGGUUUUCUUUUAGAAUUAGAAAGAUACAGUACUGAAUUAGGAACUCCAUUACUUUUUUUACUGUGUAAUUAAUAAACAAUUAUUAUUAUUAUUCUUUGGGAAGCACUAACUAAAGCCAUAAGUGUCAGACAGCACAUAGGGAAUGGGAGGCAAUCAGGUUCAAUUCAAGGGGAGAACAGGUCCACUUCCUUGGAUCAACAGCCCCUCACUGGCAUCAAGGUGCCUCCCUUGAGAGGAAAUAAACCAUCAGACUUAUGGGUAGAACUCUACACAGCUUCAACUUUAUCAUGUGACUUCUGAUUACUGUACACUCUUUAUUUUAAUAUUGGCGUUUUUUUCCAUAAUUUAAUGCUACAAAAUAUAUUUCACAGGCAUGUGGAAUAAUCCUAUUAAUGCUACAUUGGCAGGGCAGGAUUUAAGCAUAAGCUAAACAAGCUACAACUUAUGGCUUCAUGGUCUGAAGGGGCCUCUCA